AUGAGCGAAGAUCGGGAGAACGAGCGCCACGUGUCCGGGCAGUGCAUCUUCAGAGCAUUCCACGAGAUUCUCGACCUCAAGGUACGUGAUUUCUCUACUUGUUGACCUCAAAAUCCUUGCUUGCUUCAGGAGUACAUUUACUUCAAUCACUGCGCCGAAAUCCCCGCCGAUCACUUCUACAGUUGCGCCGAACGAUCGUACAUUUUCGGAUUCCUGCUGGAGCAGAUGAAACGAUCGGAAAAGUGUAAUCGUCGCGAUUGGGGGAGGGGGCGAAAUUGAUAAACACCGUCUCUUUCAGACAAUCCGGAAAAGUUCGAAGAGGCCGUGAAGCGGGAAAUUGAGCGGAGAGAUGUGAGUUUUGAAAUGUCUUCGCGCGGCAGGACAAUGAAAUGUGUCGUUGUUUUCAGCCAACGCCACCGCCGGUACCCAAAAAGUGAGUUGGAAUUGGACGGCACACACUUGGCAAACAUCGAUGUCGUCUUGAUUUGGCUCUGGAGAAACAGUUUUCGGAUCGACUGUAGCUCGAAUCCGGACAUUUUGACACUAUUCUCGAUCUUUUCUUGUUACUAUUCUUGUCUAGUUUCAAAAUGUCCGGUUUCACGGUCUCCAGAGCUGAUAAUAUGGGCGUGGCCUCGGCCAAAUGGCGUUUUCAUAAAUUGAGCACGUUUUCUCUGAUUUUUGUGGUCAAAGGCGAUGAAAAAUGAUUGUUCGACAUGAAAACACACUAAUUCUCAGAGAAUUAAUGACGUUUUUUUUCGCGGACUUUGCUUUUCGCCUUCGCCGCCGAUCGCCGCCUAAAAACCGCACUUCUCAUUUUGCGCUUUUUUGACCGUUUUCGAACAGAAUUGGUUUUGAGAAUGGUAAAUCACGUAAAUACAAGCAUUUUGAGCGCUCGAACCGCGAAAACUACCGAAAAGCAACUGAAGUUCACGCAGUUUUAGCCGAAAACCUUCAAACGGAUAAAUGUGAUUUGCGACUUGACCAAAUUUAACGCUCUUGCGCUCAAAAAAUUCGUAAUGGCCUAUACAAUCGGUCUAUCGAGAAACAAAUGAGAAAUUAUCGAUUUUUCGUGGCUAAUCUGGCAAAAAACACAAAUUUUGCUGUUAAAAUUCAAAUUUCGCGCCAAUGUAUCGCUCUAUUGGCACUUGCGCCCAUUGUCAGCUCUAGAGACCGUGGGUUUCGACAUGUUCCUCUGGUUUUCCCGUUAUUUUAAGUCUACAGAUUUACGGUUCGGCCGUUUUACUGUAGAUAAACUACAAUACUCCUAAUCCUGUUCCAGAAACCCGCUGGAAGCGCGUCCAAAGUACAAGGGAAUGGUGUGCUAUCACGAGAAAACGCCGACGAACGGAAACGUCAGCGGGAGUGUGUUCGUCAAAUUUCUCGAGUGUUUCCUUCCAGCUCAAGUACGUUUGUUCAUCGUUGCACGAAGCGUCGCCCCUUUUUUUUUCAGAAGUACGCCUACGUGAUGAGACAUUCGCCGAUCGAAGAGGAAAAGGUCUAUGCGCCGAAAGAGCAGAUCGAGUUGAUGCGAAGAGUGGCGAACAAAGUGAACAUGAAAACACGUGAGCGCCCCUCCCCCCUUCAAACACUUUCAGACAAAUCGACAAUAUGUUUCAGUGCCCGACACGCAGCUCACGCACAUCUUCCAGCACUUUCUGAUGGUGCCGGAUGUGAAGGGCAUUCUCGGACACGAGUUUCCGAUUAUGGUGGAGCACAUGUGGGCGCUCCAUUAUCAAGUGGUUUUCUCGAAGGUCGAACGCAUUCGCACCGAGAUCAUUCUCAUUCAGAACCUGGAGACUACGGUGAGAUCGCGGGGGGGCACCGUACUGCUCACAGAAACUAUCCAUCAUUUUCUGCAGGCGGCCUACGUGAGCAAGUUGCUGGACGUGGUGUUCGAGCGCGUGUUGCAAGACUAUCAUCACUACGAGCUCGACUAUUUCGACAAUCGGAAGCGGAUCUUUCGAGAUUUCAUGAAGCAACUGCCUAUUUGUGUAUGUCAAACCCCAUCAUUUUUCUUCAAUCGGAACGAUUUCAGAACAAGGCGAAAGGAAAGAGCCCGGCGGCGAACAACUUUAUCAAAAUCGGCAAAUCGAAAGUGAAACAGUACAAGAUCGAGGAGGAGGUGCUCAAAGAGAGCCACGAGCACCUGUUUUGGAGUCUGCAAUCGAAGGCCGGCAAGAAGUUCCAGAAGGUGUUCAUGGACUUCCUCAAGGUCUCCUUCCCGAUCACGAAAGAGCCGGAGCCGCAGAAGGGCCUGCUGAUCUUUGCGGAACGAUUCUUCAGAUGGGCGGCCGAAGUGCUCGAGUUUGAAAAGUAUGCGAGUGUGAGCAUGCAGACGAAGAAACUGUACAGUUGCAUGGAGGUCGGUGCUUUUCAUCGAGAAAUUGGCUGGAACGCAUUUUUUUUGUUUUCAGACCUCGUCGCCCAAACAAAUCAUUCCUCUGAGAAUAAUCAAUGUGUAUUCGAUGGCCGAGCAGAACGAGCACUCGUUCAUUUUCGUCGAAGAUCUUCGGCACGCCCUCCGAAGAUAUAAGUUCACUUUCAACGAUUUGCACUUUGGUACUUGGUAUUGUACUUAUUCACCAAAGAAAAACCCCCCCCCUUUCCCAGAAGUCUCUCCGCCGCUCCGUCCCGGUCCGAUUGCCUGCAUUCACGAGGCUAUCGACGACAUCGAGCACCUUCAAAAAGUGAUCCGAUCGGUGACGAAGGACCGUUUCCAGUACGAGCUCGAGUUCUCCACCGUCAUGGAUCCGUUCGACGUCUUCUACCCGAUCGCCGGUCCGUUCAACCGACACGUCAUCAGUCUGUCCGAGCUGCUGACCAAACUCAUCGAGAUUCUGAUGGACAACCUCGAGUUGUGCUACCAGCUGAACCCGACGCACGAGGAGGUUCAGGCGUUUGUCGACAAGGCCAACGACUAUUUUCCGGUGUCGGUGAGUGACGAAUAUACUUGGAAGAGGCGCCACGGUCUCCAGAGCUGACAAUAUGGGCGUGGCCUCGGCGGCCAAACGGCGUUUUCAUAAAUUGAGUAGGUUUUCUCUGAUUUUUGUGGUCAACGGCGAUAAAAAAUGAUUGUUCGGCAUGAAAACACACUAAUUCUCAGAAUUAAUGACGUUUUGGCGCAUUUUCGCGGACUUUGCUUUUUCGCCUUCGCCGCCGAUCGCCGCCUAAAAACCGCACUUCUCAUUUUGCGCUUUCUUGACCGUUUUCAGACAGAAUUGGUUUUGAGAAUGAUUAAUCACGUAAAUACAAGCAUUUUGAGCGCUCGACCAGCGAAAAUUACCGAAAAGCAACUGAAAUUCACGCAGUUUUAGCCAAACACCUUCAAACGGAUAAAUGUGAUUUGCGACUUGACCAAAUUUGACGCUCUUGCUCUUAAAAAAUUCGUAAUAGCCUAUACAAUCGGUCUAUCGAAAGACAAAUGAGAAAUUAUCGAUUUUUCGUGGCUAAUCUGGCGAAAAACACAAAUUUUGCUGUUAAAAUUUGAAUUUCGCGUCAAUUAAUCGCUCUAUUGGGCGGCAUUGUCAGCUAUAAAAACCGUGGAGGCGUCGAAAAAAAAAAUACAAAUUCAGAAGAACCGUCAGUACAUUGAUUUGGCAGUGGCGAAUGAGCUGCGCAAGGAAGCGUAUGCUCUGUGGAAGUUCCAGAUGCCCGUCGAUAAGGAAGUGUCUGAGAAGUUUGACAAAUUGAAGACUCAGCUCGUCACAAUGCUCUCUUCGACUGCUCAAACUCAAGCGGAGAGCGUUAAAACGAACGUGAAGAGAGCGCUUUUUGUGGCCGCCUUCCCUCAGGUACGCUCUUUUCUAGCCGACGUAUCUCAGCUACCUGUAGAGUUAGGAUAAAGUGGUCAACUAAGAAAAUGUGCGCAAUACGUUAAUGAACAACUCAUCAGUUGGCAACUUUUUGAUAUUUUCACAAGCAGCGGAGAUAUCUCAAUUUUCUUGUUUCAGUUUGGUGAAAUUGUCCACGCGCACUUCUGCACCGGCCAAUUCUGCUACAAAAUCCUUCUUCCGGACUGGACCGAGCCGCCCGUCUGCAAUGUGGUCAACGAGAAAAAGUACAAUUAUGAAAGCGUCGAGGAAUUGCUCGAAAUGUUCCCCUAA